GGUAAAUGAAGAUGAAAUAACUAAAUAGAAAAAGGAAAAGGAAAAUAAAAGAGAAGAAGAAUAAAGAUCAAUAGGAACCAUUUUGAGAAAUAAAUUUUUGAUAAAGAAGAAAAAAUGCGAUUCACCAAAAGGAUGAAAAUACUUUAAAAAUUUUUCUAAAAUUAUUUAUUACUACUAUAUAUUGAUAUUUUACUAAAAAAAAAACAUACAGUGUAAUAGCAAUUUCUCUGAGAAAAUCAAUUUUUUCGUGAAGGAAAAGGAAAUCAAAAUUAAUGAGUUUAUUUAACACCAACACACACAGUUUAGUACACAAAAUAAUUAAUUAAUCAAGUUAUUAAUUACAUUUAAAAUUGAAGGAGGAAUAAAACCUUUUUUACGUCUAUGAUGAUGAAGAAAUUGUUAUUUGUAUUUAUAAUUAUAAUAGAGAUGAUGCAGAACGAAUGAUAAAUGAUAAGGAUUAAUUAUAUAUAUGUAUGUAAUAUAUACAUAUAUGUAAAUGGAUAUAAUUAUAUAUUUAUAAGAUAUUAUGUUAAAACUAGUAGUUUAAUAAAUUCUUAAAAAUUCUGAAAACUACCUGUGCCUUUCACUUCGUUUCAUUCAAACCCCCCAUUGUUGGUAUCUGCCGUGGCGCGGCGCUUGAGUCGUGAAGGUGAAAUUUGAUUGAACUGUCAGUGUCAGAAGCACAUGGCGAUAUUGUUUGCGUUGUGAGAAAAUGAGCUUAAGUUUAUUGUGAUUUUUAUCGAGAAAUUUGUGUGAAAAUGAAGAAUAAACCACAGAAACACAAAGCGACAAACUCUUUCAAGCAUAAAUCCUUCGGUGACCGGGUGGCUGAAAUUGAUGUCCGGAAAGCUAUUCUGUACCAUAUUGACUACAGAUAUGAUGAGGAUUUAGAUGAGAAUGAGUCCUACUUUGCGGUUGCCGUUACCAAGUGGCGUGCCCUCAAUCUCACUGAUGAAUAUGAGGUGUUCCACAAGGGUGUCCGGGAGAUUGUCACUCUUCCGCAGUUACUGCACAAGAAGGAGUUUGUCAUCCGGCAUUUGCUGGACUGUUUAGCCAAAGCUACUCACCUGUCUCUUCAACCUCUUCUAGAAUUUGUGGCGAUCUUGGCUAAAGAACUUCAAAAUGACUUCUGUGAGGUUUUGCCAGAGUUUCUCUCUCAGCUACAGAAGCUUCUGCACAGCACUGAUCCGGAUGUGGUGGAAUGGACGCUGGUCUGUUUGGCAUAUCUCUUCAAGCACCUCAAAAGGUAUCUGAAGAAGGAUAUUGAGAUUGUGCUGAAUCUAAUACUGCCGAUUCUGGGAGAAGACACCGCGAUCAAGCGACAGAGCACGAAGGAACACAUUCAGAAUUUUGCUAUCGAGUGCUUUGCAUACGUUGCUAGAGAUAUUCGGGACCGGGAGAAAUGCAUCAAUGCUGUGGUCCAGUUUGUAAGACUUCACGAGGGAAUAGAGGUGAGUUGCGGACGUUUAUUGUUUCAAAUGAUCAGAGGAGUUGGAGGAGGACUUCACAGCUGUACCGAGGAAUUCCUUACAGUCCUCUUGGAUGCAUUGUUCAAUAGAAAGGAGGAUCAGGAGAUUAUCUAUGCGCUUCUGAGUGAAAUGAUCAAUUGUUUCGACAAGAACAUCACUGUAGACAGCACAGAUGUCCUUUGGCGAACAUUUAUGAAGCAACUUCACAGAACCGCGGACCUACAAGGAUCGUCAAAGAGUAUAAGACUGUGCGUCGACCUUGUUACUAGUCUCACAAGAAAGCAUAGCGAUGUUUUCGUGAGGAAUCCCCAAGAGCUGUACAAAAUAGUGAUGAAUCUGAUGGAUAAGGAUCACGAAGAGUUAAUGUCAAUGUCUGUGGCUGAAUUUGCAGUGGUUCUCUUAACAGAAUCAAAUAUCAAGUUACCUCUGCAUGAUGCCACUAACAUAGCUAAAGAUGCUCUCAGUACUGAAUGGCUUGACGUCUACAAAUAUUUCGUGACUGCAAUGUUAAAUUCGUCUCAAUUUGACUUCAUAGUCUUUCCUGAAGUCAUGAACACAAUUCUGAAAUUUUCGAUGGAUAAGAAUAACUUUGUUGGCUUGGAAAUCUUGGCACAAGUGGUACAAACCAAAUUUCCUCUCUCAAAAGAUGGAUUGAAGUUGCAUGAGUGGAAACCCUACACUUGUCGUCUGAUUACAUCUGAAAACGAUCGGUCUCAACCUGAACAAAUCAAAGACUUCAUUAUGGAUACUUUUCCCUCCGAAAGUUUCUUCUUGGCUUUGAUUUUCUGGCCACAUUUCGUAAAUGAUGAUGGAAAGUGCAUAGAGAAGAAGCUUGUUGAGCAUUUGAGAGGCAUGGAGACAGAUUUGAUUAACAAAGAGACAUUCAAGAAGUAUUCUUUGAUCAUCAGAGUGCUGAUUCAUCUCAACAGUCACGAAAUUGACCCACUUGACAUCACUGGGAAAGUGAUAUCCUUCAUUUUAAGCACACCUUGCGAAAACUACGAGGAUAAAUUGGAUGCUUUGAGGCUUAUUGAUCUCUGUGUGACAUCCGUGAAGUUGAGAGAAGGCUCAAAAUUAACAUUUAGCCUCUUCGAGAGACUUCACAAGCAACUUUCAUCACUACUGUCCUCUCCAAGCCACCAGAUUCGUCUCCUCGUGUCACACACUCUCGCUCAAUUCAACAAUUUGAAAGAAUUCUCCGGCUCCAGUGAAGCUUUUCUCUUCGAUGUGAUUUUCUCCAUCGAAAACACGUCAUCUUCAAUUCACACUUACCGCGGUCAACUGCUGUCGCUGCAGAAACUCUCUCACGGGACGCUGUACUUCAAGGAGGCCAUUCAGCGCCAUGAGAUCCUCCAAUGGGAUGGCUUGAAGUACCUUUUGGGAGUUCUCUACAUCAAUUUCAAGCUCCUGUGGGAACCUGUAGUUGAAUAUAUCACAACUUACGCCCUCAAUUGUGAUCGAAAGAUCUUCUGGAGUGUCUAUAAGGAGCAGCUGGACAGCAUUGAAGGGAAUCUGAGGCAGAGUAUAAGCGAAAGCAAGGAUUUUGUGGAGGAACUGAUACCAAUAGAGAAAUCAGACGAUUUUGGAAAGCUGGCAAAUAUUGUGAAGCCCGAUUUCAUCAACUAUCGAAUACUUCUCUGGAGGGCUCUUCCACUGUUUGGUGGUCUUGUGCAGGAGAAGAAUCGAGAUCUUGUGAAUCACUUUUUGGAAUUUUACGAGAAAGUCUACAAGAUUUAUGUUCUGGAGCACUCAAAUAAGAAGAUUGACAUCAGAGUUCAGGAGGAUAUGAUGGAAAGUGAAGAACUUCCAAGUGAAGAAGAUGAAGGUGAGCAGGAAAAUCCUGCAGCAGGGGAAGAGGAAGGUGACGAUGAGAGAUUGGAUCCUCAGAUAACGAAAGCUAUUCACAAAGAGCUUAUAACUUAUCUGCAAGUUUUCUCAAAAGUGUCUAAUCCAAAAUCUCUCUUUAGAGAAAGUGAAAUGCACGCAACUUACUUACAACUGCUGUCCAGUCGAAAUGCUGAUGUUCAGAGAAUAGCUCUUGACUGUUUGUUCACGUACAAACCGAAGAAUUUGGCAAGUUACAAGGAAAUUUUGCAGAAUUUCAUCGAUGAAAAGAAGUUCAGAGAUGCAUUGGGAAGCUUUGUUAUUAAUCAGGAACAGAAGGAGCAAGAAAUGUCAAUGGUAGCAGAGCAUCGACCUCAAGUGAUGGAAUAUCUGUUGAGAAUCCUGCACGGGAAGAUGUUCACGAGGCAGCAGCAAAAGGGAGCGCCUCAGGCACGGAAAAUACUGAUUAUCCGAUACCUGAGUGGUUGCACGACUGAGGAACUGAAUAAGUUCCUGGAUAUGAUUUUCGGUGAAAAAGUUUCCUCAACUAUUGUGGAACUGAGCAGUGUAAUGCAUCCAAGACAUCUUCAGGGCUCUCUGGCUGUACUCGAUGUUAUGAUCAAAGAGUUUGGUGGAGUUAGAAAAGAUGAGAUCCUGAAGAGACUCUUGAAACUGCUCAUGGAUUUCUCAGCAAUCGUCCAAGGAAUUCUCUCUGCGGCUAAUGGAAAUGUCAUUCGCUAUCUGAAUCUUCUGAAGAGUCUUAGAACUGAAGCUGCGAAUAUGUUGAGACAGUUCUUCAAUCUCUUUGAUGCCUAUUCCUGGACGGAGGAGGAAAUUGAAUCAGUAUUUGAUAUCUUUAUUUGGCCACAAUUACCUAAAUUGACUACAGAAUGUAUUCACUCUCCGACGCCAAUCUUGAGACUCUUCUUAACUUGGAGCACACAUCCCAGGUAUUUCACAUUGCUGUCUAAGUCAUCGGAUGGAAUUUGUCUGGACAAUCCAUUGAGGAAUGUUUUCGAUUUACUGGAAAAACCUAAGGUGAAUCCCAAAGUGACGGAUGCUAUUUUGGAGAUCAUUUCUAAUCUCCUGAGCCUCGAUGGAGACGUUCUAAUGCAACAGGAAGAUAUUCAAGUGUCUGAAAUCAUCGUUCGGCACUCUAAGAUUCCGGAAGUUGCGGGACAAGAGAAUAUCUCUGUAGGACGAAGAAUGAUUCUGCCUCAUAUAGACGUUAUCAUCAGGCGUCUGCAAGUGAAAAUGAGUGGACCGAGGAAAGGUAAAAGCCUGGGAAAGCGAGAUUUGUCUAUAUUGAGCAAAAUCACAGAUCUCGUCACAGACAGAGAAAAGUGUGAUAUUUUGGUGGGACUUUUGCUUCCGAUUCUGACGAAAAAGGCCAGCAAAAUGAUUCAUGAAUCCGCAAUGACACAAAUGAUUGCCUCGCUGACGAACUUAGUGGAUAAGACUGAGACUCCUGGACGCCAUAUUCGUACUUUGCUGCCACUCUUUGAGGAGAUCUCAUCUCAGGCCUGUCGAAAGCUCCUCUGCGAUCUGAUUGUGAAGAUUUCCCAGCGAUCUGGAGAGCAGAAGAUUGCUGAACUAGUUGUGGAGUUCAAUGCACUGAACAAGCGAUGGAUUGAUCAACCUGACUAUGACAGAAGACUUUUGGCGUUUCGGGUGAUUGAUGAUCUCGUGGAGAAGGACAAUAUGGAUGUGAAUGUGGGACUUUUGGCGAUUUUUCAUUCAUUCUUCUAUCUCAAGCACGAAAAGGACUUGGCUAUGAAGAGUUCCGCCAGUCACUGCUUGAAGAGCGUGAGUUUGGUGUUGGCCAAGAGAUUUUCUGCUGAUCUUCAGGAGAGAAAGUACAUUUUUGAUGUAGUUCUCUUACCUCUCAUCAAGAGCUCUUUAGCUGGGAGUAAUGAAAAUCUGCGGACUGAAUGUGUGAAAAUCUUGGGAGACCUUUCGAGAGAACAUCCGGAAGUUCACUACGUUUUUGGAGACUUGAAUCCCUUGACAGAUAAGCACGACAAGGAAGUCGAUUUCUUUGAGAACAUCGUACAUCUUCAGUCUCAUCGACAGGGAAAAGCUCUGGCGAGGUUCAUCAAGCGCGCUGCUGAGAUGAAAGAUCCCAAUCCAAAGACACUCUUAGAUUUCCUUCUGCCCUUGGUUAGCGUUUAUCUGGGCAGUGAGAAGCACACCGCUAAGAAUGCUCUGGUGGAUUCUGCAGCUGAAGCUGUGUCUGUGAUCUGCAGUAAACUUCCAUUCCUUCCAUAUCAGACAAUCUUGAGACUGUACAUCCGGAAGUUGAGAACCAACUUGGAGUUCCAGAAGCAAAUGGUGAAGGUGGUGAUUGCCAUCAUCGAUGCCUUUCAUUUUGACUUUUCUGCUGAUAUGAAGACACCAGGAACUGUUGAGGAAGAUGAAGACUCUGAUGACGAGGAGGAUAAGGAUCUGGAGGAGGUGAAGAAAGACAACAGGGAAAUUCUGAGGAAGAAGAGCAACACGAGUCCAGAGUAUAAUCUUAUGGUGGGCCUGAUUACUAGUCUAAUUGGGGCGAUUUCGGAGCUCAGCACUAAAGAAGCCACUCACAAGUUGACAAAGGCACAAAAUGCUGCCCAGAAAGAGGAGGAGGACAUCCUCAGAGUGCCAAUCGCCGUGGCCACUGUUCAGUUGCUACACAAAGUCUCCAAGGAAUUGCUGGAUAUUCAUUUGCCGAAGAUCUUCAUGAAAUUGUGCACAUUCCUGAAAUCUCGCCUAAAGUCUGUAAGAAUCGUGACAAGAGAUAUGCUGAGAAGAAUUAUGCUAAUUCUGGGACCGGGAUAUCUGUCGACAUUGCUGGAUUUGCUCACGAGUCUCUUUACCAGAGGAUAUCAAGUGCACGUUCUUGUUGUGACGCUGCAUAAUAUUCUGAAUGCACUCAAAGGGAACUUUAGAGCAGGUGAUAUCGAUGCGAAUCUGCAAGGAUUACUGAAAGUGUGCCUGGAAAAUAUCUUCGGGGAGUCUGCUGAGGAGAGAGAAGUGGAGAAGAUUGCUUCCAAGACUCCAGAAGCGAAAUUUAGCAACAAAAGCUUACUAAUCCUCCACAUUUUGUCCGUGAAUAUAAGUGAGAAGUGUCUUCUGGAUUUGCUGAUGCCCUUCAAGGAUCAUCUCUCUCGCAGCCAAUCGAAGAAGGUGGUGAACAAAGUGCAGGAUUGCCUGUCGAAGAUUGUCAUUGGAUUGGGAGAGAACAAGAGGAUCCCCACAGAUUCUCUGCUCAUGUUCACUUUUGGAAUCGUGACGGAGAGCAUUGACACGUUGAAGAUGAAGGUAGCGAAGAAGCAAUUAACGGAGACUGAUCGUGAGCUGUUGAAGAGGAAAGCUGCAGACAUUUACCUCAUUGCAGAUGAGAAGAGUGUUUCCCGAAGGAAAGUGGUGAAGACGAAUAUCCAGACAAAUACGUACGUGUUGACUGAAUUCGGCCUGAAUCUUCUGCACACAAUCCUGAAAAGUGGGAGAGCGGAUGAUAGUCACUUUGAGGGUUUUCUCAAUCCUCUGGUGAAGAUCUUCAAGGAAACUCUGGGUGGAGUUCAUGUGAGACUCUCAACACUUACUCUCAAGUGUUUGACUGUUGUGUGGACCCGCCAAUUAAUGCUGGCAGUGAUGAAAGGGCAGACAAUUGAUGAAUUCAUAAGCACAAUUAUGGAGAUUUUGAAGAGAUACUCCAGCUCAGAAUUGACUAACAAUGAUGAGAAUUUCCAUCUCGUGAAGAACGCCUUUAAAGCUAUCAUGGCUCUGCUGCGCUUCGUGGAGGGAUUUACAGUCAGUGAGGAUCAACUACGGGAGAUUCUUCUACACGUUGAUCGCGAUCUGCACUCUCGCCAGGCCAUUGCUUUCCCUCUGCUGAGGGCGAUUGUGGCUAAGAAGCUUUAUGUGACAGAGAUCGAUAAGAUCAUAGGAUUUGUCGCGGAUCUUUGCAUCACUUCUGAGAGCGACAGUGUCAGAGAGGAAGCCAGACAGAUAUUUGUGACUUAUUUGCUUGAUUAUCCGAUGGAUGUGAAGAAAUUCAAGCAACAUUUAAUGUUCAUCCUCUCUCAAUUGGCAUACACAGAGUCCACGGGACGAUCGUCUGCAGUGAAACUGAUUCAGAACCUCAUGAAGAAACUGACGAAGAAUACUCUGAAGAGUAAUUGUGGCGUUAUAUUUCUGUCGUUGGGAGCUAGAUUCGUCGAAGAUGAACUACCUGAAAUCCGCGAAGAAAUUGCCAAGUGCUUGGAGAGCAUCUUGCGUCGUCUCGACGAUGAGGCACGCCGAGAAUUGUGGGAAAUUGUCUUGUCUCUCUUCAAAGACAAGAAGAAUGCUCAUAUGGAAAUGGGAGCGAUUCUCGUUGUGAGAUUCAUGCUGGCAGAAGGCGAUGCAUUUCGGAAACGUUUGGAUAAUCUUCUUCCCAUAAUGAUAGACAGACUGUCUGGCCAAGAGGGUGACAAUCUUCCGGGAAAGUUCGUGAGGGCGAAUGUGGAGGAUGUUGAGCUGGAAAGUGAUGAAUCAAUAGCGAAGGCUCAUGACCAUAAAUUGAUACAGAUCCUUAUAGCGUUGGGGCGGAUUUUUGAGAAGUUUCCAGAAAUUCUGAGAGAGGAGAAAUUUAACUCAGUAAUUGAUGGUUUGGCAUUCAAAUGUCAAGGAUUUCUGGGUUAUGAACAUUCCUGGGUGCGAUUGUUCUCAGCCAGAAUUCUAACUGCUAUUCUCAAUGAAAUGGACAUGGAUUUGUUGGCCAAGAGGUUUGAUGAUCCGGAUGAGGACACUGAACUGCCCAGAGAGUUUCUCUACAGAAAUCCUGCGAAUCAAAUUCGAUCCCUGAUGCUGGAUCUCUGUGCUCAAUUGCAGCCUGAGCAUAUUCAGGAGAACAUGGCUCAGGAGAUUAUGAAGAUCGCUUUGAAUUUGGCCAAAAUCAUUCGACCAGUUCCCAUUGUGAAGAAGGAAAAAGACGCUGAUGAUGACGAGUUGAAGCCUGACAAGCGAAUUAAUUUACUAUGGAUGGUUAGACGACUUCGAUAUGCUGCCAAUGGGGAAGUCACUCAAACUCCUCAUUCAACUGUUCUUCGUACAAACAUCUUCAAUUGGAUUCAAGGAGUUGUUCACAUUGUGGACUACUCAACUCUGAGGCUUCUUACCAGGAGUCUUCUGACACCACUUAUCCGGGAAAUGUCUACUGAGAUGAAUAAUCAUGAUCCCACACUUGGACAGUUGGCGGGAAAAAUCGCGGAGAAGAUCAAGAAGAAGUUGAACUGCGCGGAUGAGUUCACGAGUUUAGUGAGUGAAAUACAACUGAAGCAAAUGCAGAAGCGUGCUGAAAGAAAGAAAGUUAUAGCGCUGGAUAAGGUGGUAAAUCCAGCGAAGGCGGCCAAGAGAAAGUCCAGUCAGAAGGAGAGGAAGAAGGUGGCCAAGAAGCGGAAAAUGGACGUAAUCAAGGGAAAAGUGGCGCCGAAAAAGCGAUCAUUGCCGACAGACGGCACAAAGCCUACAAAGAAGCGGAAGAAGGUGAAAUAAAAACGAUAUGUUACUGUUUUUGGUGAAAUAUAAAAAUGGUAAUUGAAAUAGUAAUUAAAGGAUUUUGAAGAAAA